CAUAAAGUGCAAAGAUGAAGGUGGUGCAGAAAAUUCUGCAAGUUCUUUUAUUUGUUUAAAUUUUUAAACUUAUCAUAGUUAAGCAUUAAACUGGAACUUGUACUGAUAUCUGAUUAAACAGUGAUUCUACUAGAACUAAUAAGUUGUAUGUAUCUUAACAACAAUGAGUGCAAAAAAAAAGUGUUACUGCCCUAACAUAAAUAAGUCGAAGACAUCAUGAAGAGAAAAAAAAUGAAUUCACAAAUUUUAAACAGGUUAAUUAUUUGAAAUGACGUCAUUAUUGCAUUCAAUGAUGUAUGAAAAAUAUAGUGGAUUUUCAAAAGAAUUAAAUUGCAAUUAGCCCAAUUAAAAAAUAAAGUGUUGCCAUCAACUUGCAUUAAAUAUGUGCAGGAGUGAGUUUUUAACCUUUCGGUUGGAGAGCAUUCAAUAGUCUUCAACUAACAUUAAUUAUGAGUUAAUAAUAUAUCUAAAAUGUUCUACAAGUAUAGUAUUUAAUUGGCUAAUGAAAAGUGAUAACUGCCGAUAUAAAAAAUAGAAAAUGUGUUUGUUGUUUGUCUUUAAGAAUACGCAUUUUUUUUUUACAAAAAUGGGAACACUGAUAAAAAUCUAUAAAUUAAAAGAGAAAAUACGCUGAGAGUGUAGUUUGGUAUAAAAACAAACAGUAAAAACCGAACCGAGGUAGCAAAACAAAAGUAAAAAAACGUGCUGAGCAAGACGGAAAUAAGUAACUAUAACACAAUGACAUCACAACACUGGUGACGUCAUAUCGAAAUACAGGUAUACAGGUGGAAAAUUGUGAGUAAAACUGAAACAUGGACUGUAAGACGAAAAUGAGCGAUGAUGAUGAUGAAGAGGAGGGUGCAUGUUGUGUUAUAUUAAAAUCAGACGGUAAAUCUACAGCUGAUUUAGGACCAACCACAACUAACGAAAGCAAUGUAAACACCUGCGGUGGUGGUUUCGACGACAAUAACGAACUGAAGAAGGAGCGUUUUUCUCUACGUGAGCAACAUUUUAAGGAUUUGGAUGAUUCAAACCAAAAGAGUUUAAAAGAUGAUACAGAAUUGCAAGAAAAGGACAGGCAAAGUUUGUUAACAAUAAAAUCAUAUGAAACCCCAGCAACGCUUUCGCCGACUAAUUCGUACAACAGUGACGGUAGCAGUGUAGGUGGCGGAGCCAGACGAAAAUCACAAAGCGGUGGUUCCACACCACUUAGUGGAGCUAAAAAGAAGGCAAAGGGAGCGAAUGUUAAAUCUCCUGCUGCUUCGACACCGACUGUCCCAAGUACUUCGGAUAAUUUUAAUUUAUGGGUUGCUCGGGAGUGUUUUGAAACCAUACCCGCAGAGACUGUAUAUGAAGUGGAUGACAAUAUAGCUAUUGAAGAUGAAGACGAAGAAGCUGCUGUAGAAAGUUUAUUAGGAGCAGCAGCAGCACUUCAAGUGGCUAGUGGUGUCCAAAGACGACAGAAACAUUUACGGCAACCGCAACAUCGUCCACUGGAGCGUUCGUGGCCACCUCGUGCAAUUGGAAGAGAUAUGAAACUACAAGGCGAUGUAUUUAAAUUUGAUAUUUUAGACACUGAUGAACGAUUAGAUGAAUUCAAUGAUGCUGGGAUAACGGGAGGAGGUUAUGGUUGUACUACUAGAAGUGCAAAUAAUUCUCCAUUACUUAUGCUUAAUGAUACGACUUCCACUAGUCCUCAGUAUGAUUUGAGUUCAUCCUCAACACAACCGCCAAUGAAAUUUAAACCACUUAUUAAAAAAAAAAUUGGUCCGGACAGUUAUAUAAAUACUAUAAGCACGAGAAAAGUACCGAUAACAGAUACUUAUGAAUUUCCAACAUUUCCUAUAAAAGAUAAUGGAAUAAAUUGCAGUCAAUUUCCACAACGACAUCGUCCUUUAACACGUGCCUUAUCAAACGGUAAAGCCACUGGAAAUGCCAUCAAUUAUGAGGAUGCGGUUAAAAUGAGCUCGCCACGAAUUCUCUUGUCGCCAAAAAGACAACGUAGUCCUCCUUCUGGUUGCUCAUCACGCAGUGCUUCGCCUUUAGACUUAAAUCUAAGUCCAGAAUCUGCUUCACCAACUAACCUUACUCAACACAGAUGUAAUUUAACACAGUUCAACACAGUUUCUCCUAUACUUAACAAUACAACAAUGAGCCCACAUAUACGUCCACAACCCAGACUUUUGAAACGAGUGGGAGGCGGAGCAGGUGCAAAUUUAAUUUGUCCUCCAACACCUACGCAUCAUGCCCGUCGACACUCACGGAUAGCCUCUAAUUCAAACACAUAUGGACUGAAUAGUAAUGACAAUAUUUAUUUGACCACUAAUUCUUUGUCUGAUUCAAAUAGUCAAUUGGAAUAUAAUUUUAUAAGUACGCCACCUUCUUCUCCUGCUUCAAUAAAUACCGGAGCAAUUACAACUGGUACAUUAGCGUCCGAAAAUGAUAUUAGGACGGCAGAUAUUGUACAACUUGGUGCCACAGCAGCUAGUAAUGGUGAUACCGAUGCGAUUGAAGUAGUUGAUAAUGAUAUUGUACACAUUACAAGCACUCGUUUGCCUUCGAUCCCAGAGAGAGGUGCUGCCGGUGGUAUGUUACGUACAAGCGGUAUUUUUGGUGAAACUGAUACGACUGCUGAACCACUACCACCUGCUUGGGAGGCUCGUAUGGAUAGUCAUGGUCGUAUUUUUUACAUUGACCACACAACUCGCACGACUUCUUGGCAACGACCAGUUAUAAAUGGUGCUGUGGUUACAAAUGGGCCGGGACGUGAACAACAUCAUCGUCAGCAGUUAGAUCGACGUUAUCAAUCUAUUAGACGUACAAUUACUAGCGAAAAUAGGCCUUCAGCUGCUUCUAGUAUACCUGCUGGCAUUUCCACUGAUACAACACAUGCCAGUUUUUAUAAUCAAAGUGCCAAUAAUAAUUAUAAUGCAGUAGCGCUUGGGCCUAGUUUGCAGUCACUGAAUCUUGGGGUGCAUCCAGCAGUACUUAUGUUAUGCCGUCCAGAUUUCUAUUCAAUGUUACAUACAAAUGAGGAUGCACUUUCUAUAUACAAUCGCAAUACAGCUUUGAAACAUAUGGUUUUACGUAUACGACGUGAUCCACAAUGUUUUCAACGAUAUCAAUAUAAUAAGGAUCUUGUGGCUUUAGUAAAUUCAUUUGCUCAACUCAAUCGUGAUUUACCUUCUUGUUGGGAGACUAAGCUUGAUCAAUCAGGAAAACAAUUUUUUAUCGAUCAUAAUAAUCGGAAGACCUCUUUCAUGGAUCCACGUCUGCCAAUUGAUUGCCAGCGCGUUGUAAGACAACGUCAUCAGCCACAUAACUUUGAUGUUUUUGAUGGGAAUUGUUUGUCCUCCUCAAGUAUACCACCACAACCACCACCAAGACCAAAUAUUUCAUUGUCAAACAAUCGAAAUAGUACACAUAAUGGUGUUGGAGUCGUUGGAGGAAGUAAUCAUUAUGAGGGCUACAAUGAAGUGCCCAUUGCUUACAAUGAAAAGGUGAUUGCGUUCUUGCGUCAACCAAAUAUUUUGGAGAUUUUGCGUGAACGUCACGGACAACAAACUGUGUCUCGUUCACUACGUGAAAAGAUUAAUAUCUUACGUGUCGAAGGUGUGCCGGCUUUAGAACGUCUUGGACAUGAUUUGCAAUUAACGAUUUUAUUAAGUCUUUUCGAACAAGAAAUUAUGAGCUAUGUUCCUAUUGAAGAGCCACAGGGUUCGCCGGUACUAAAUUCAAGACUACCGCAGCGUGCACCACCUCCAUUCAGGCGUGAUUUUGAAGCCAAACUACGUGGUUUCUAUCGCAAAUUAGAAUCCAAAGGUUAUGGUCAGGGUCCACAUAAGUUAAAGCUUCACAUAAGACGCACUCAUCUUCUAGAAGAUGCAUUUCGUCGUAUUAUGUCGGCUAACAAAAAGGAUUUGCAACGUGGUCGUUUAGCUGUACUUUGGGAUACCGAAGAGGGCUUGGAUUAUGGUGGACCAUCGCGAGAAUUUUUCUUCUUACUCUCGCGUGAGCUAUUUAACCCAUAUUACGGUCUGUUCGAGUAUUCAGCAAAUGACACCUACACUGUGCAAGUGUCACCACUUUCAGCUUUCGUUGACAACUGCCAUGAUUGGUUUCGGUUCAGUGGACGCGUUCUGGGUUUGGCAUUAGUGCAUCAGUAUUUAUUGGAUGCGUUUUUUACGCGCCCGUUUUACAAAGCCCUGCUGCGCCUACCAGUUGCGCUUAGUGAUUUAGAAUCGCUUGAUAAUGAAUUUCAUCAAUCAUUGCAAUGGAUACGAGACAAUGAUAUUGGCACUGGUAUAGAUUUGGGUCUUACGUUUUGCGUAACUGAAGAGUUAUUGGGACGUGUGGUCGAGCGUGAACUGAAACCAGGUGGCAAGAAUACAAUUGUAAAUGAAAAGAACAAAAAAGAAUAUUUAGAGCGGAUGAUUAAAUGGCGCUUGGAGCGCGGCGUGCAGGAGCAGACGGAAUCGUUGGUGCGUGGCUUCUAUGAAGUCGUUGAUUCGCGUUUAGUUUCUGUAUUUGAUGCACGUGAACUUGAAUUAGUUAUUGCGGGUACUGCCGAAAUCGAUAUAAAUGACUGGCGUUUAAAUACUGAAUAUCGUUCAGGUUAUCACGAUAAUCACCAGGUCAUUAUAUGGUUCUGGCAAGUAAUUGAAAAAUUCACAAAUGAGCAGCGUUUACGUUUAUUGCAAUUUGUAACUGGUACCUCAAGUAUACCGUAUGAAGGUUUCUCAGCACUACGUGGCUCGACUGGACCACGACGUUUUUGUAUCGAAAAAUGGGGCAAACCAAACUCGUUACCUCGGGCGCAUACAUGCUUCAAUCGUUUAGACUUGCCACCCUAUCCUACGCCGGAAUUGCUAUACGAGAAACUUCUUUUAGCUGUCGAAGAGACAAACACAUUUGGUAUUGAAUAGAUGAUUUUAUGUUUGUCUCUAUUAGGGUUACGAUUAUGCAUAAGCUUAGUAUCAAUAGUGAUAUUUUAAUUAUGAAAUUAUGGAAUUAUUUGUUAUUUAUUUUUAUUUAUAAAAUGCUAUUUUAACCGACUUGCACACAAUUUUAGUCAGUAAGUAAAGUAAUAUUGAGAAUACGCUGGACUUAUGUUCUGAUCUAGAACAAACUUUGCAAGAAUUUUUACAUUUACAGUUAUUAUUUAUCUUUAACGCACUAAAAAACAAUGAUAAAAACCUGUUAAAAUAAGUGGGUCACAUUAUUUAAUAAACCAAAAAUAUUUAAAGAACUCUUAGCUUUUAGGUUGAUAUCAUUGUAUGCAUUUGCACUUGUCUAUUUAAAUUUUGUUAAAUUUAAAACAAAAGGGGAAAAAAAGAUAGAUAUAUUUUCUUCCAUUAUUCAUUAGUUUCGUAAUACAGAUACUUGCGUAUAAUAUUUACAAGC